AGUCGUCUCUCUUUAAUCUGUAGUUUCGUGUACCUGUUUAUUUCCUUUAAUACCCUUGCUCCGCUACUCUGCAAUUGUUUUGAAUGCUGGAGUUCCGUGGAUCCCUUCGCUGUGCAUAUAUACCCCAGAACGAACUUUGCGAUUCCACAGCAGCAUGGCCCUUAUAAGAGCCAACAGGCCAUAUUCAUUGAAUCUUCUUGCGAGGAAGGCGUUGGCUAUAGAAGACUACACGAAGACUCCUGGCGACUCGGCCAGUCCGGCCACACCUUCUCCAACAUCCGGCUCUUUCCCGCGCCCAUCAGCAACAGCUAUCAGGACCACGGCCAGUUCUGUAGCUCCAUUACCUACCGAGACUCCCGAAUCCGACUAUGCUGGGCCAACAUGGGCAUUUGAGGAGACUACAUCAAUCUCACAGUCUGCCGCAGAGGCAACAGCCAUUACCGAAGCGUCUCAGAACCAACCUCCAGCGUCUGCCAUGCCCGAAGAUACCAGUCAAGGAUUCAUCAGUAAAGAUCCUAUCCGGCAUGACGAACACAUGAGUCUAUCACCCGUAGCGCAGGGUCUACUGGCCACGUUCUCAAUUCUUGGAGGUCUAUGUCUCAUUGCUUUUCUGUGGCUUCGAUACUGCCGCAAGAAGCAAUCCUCAGACUCCCAUACCCAAGGGAGGAAAGGUGUCGCCGGCCUCGGUCUCAACCUCUUCUCAUCAACGAAGCGUGGCAGCCGGCCACCUGCAACGUCACCCUCAUCACCAUCUCUGGAGAAACGCAUUGCUGAGCCAGACUCUACGCACGUUCCAACCUACCGCAUCACCCGCGCUUCAGGAAAGAUUGCGGGCUGGCGCGCAAAGUCAUACAUCCGCGGCCGCAUCUCUCUGCACGACAAAGCACGCAUGACCAUGGUGUCAUCCAGCGAGACCGUAUCAGACGAGGAGACAACAACAACACCCACCCCAGCCACAAUCAGCAACCCAUUCGAAGAUCCACAGCUGAAGAAAUCAUACGACAUGAUCCACAAUAGACCGCGGAGCACGACGUUGACAGACACAGGCGACUGGCUGAGGAACCCGUUCGAAGACCCACGGGACGAGCGCUUUGAUCCGUUUGGCACGUUGCGUGAACGUGCGCAGGAGGAGCGCGAGAAGUACCUUGCGAUACUGCGGGCGGAGAGGGAGAAGCAUAAGAAAUCGAAUGAUGAGAUGAAUAUUGAUGAAGCAAAAUGAACACCAUAGAUUGGGGACGCAGCUUUGACAGCAGCAUUGUACAUUGUAUAGGUGCCGGACUGGGCGUACAGGAAUUUAAUUCAAAGGAAAGUACUGAGUGUCUUCACUCGCAUUUUACUUGCCUCUUCAAUCCCCUCUCUACCGUGUUGUAAUUUCUCUACUACGCACAGUCGGCCCUAGAGUUAAGAGUUGGGUAGUAGCAUCGUCCAUUCAAGC